GGCGGACCGGCAGGCCUAGCUCUGAGGCGGAGGCGGCGGCGGCGACGGGGGAUGGAGCCCCUGCGGGUGCUGGAGCUGUACAGCGGCAUCGGGGGCAUGCACCAGGCGCUAAGAGAGGCAGAGAGAGUGUGAACUUGUACCUUUUCACUACUGCCAACCAGAGAUUCUUCCCUACAACUUGUCGAGAGAGAGUGACCAGAAAAAGAAGGAAAAUUAUUGCUAUUCAACUGUGGGGUGUGUAGGUCCCUGUAUGGUUGUGAGUGUUUCCUGAGUGUGCGCAAGCCUUCCUCCUUGCCCCAUCUUCUGUGAUCUGCUAAGAAAGCUGCAUACCUGCACAAGUGGUGGCUGCCAUUGAUGUAAACACUGUCGCUAAUGAAGUCUACAAGUAUAAUUUUCCUCACACGCAGUUACUGGCCAAGACAAUUGAAGGCAUUACACUAGAAGAGUUUGACAGAUUAUCUUUCAAUAUGAUUUUAAUGAGCCCGCCCUGUCAGCCAUUCACAAGAAUUGGCCUGCAAGGUGAUGUGACUGAUCCAAGGACGAAUAGCUUCUUAUAUAUUCUAAAUAUUCUCCCAAGAUUGCAGAAAUUACCGAAGUAUAUUCUUUUAGAAAAUGUUAAAGGUUUUGAAGUGUCUUCUACAAGAGACCUGUUAAUACAAACAAUAGAAAAUUGCGGCUUUCAGUACCAAGAAUUUCUAUUGUCUCCAACUUCUCUGGGCAUUCCAAAUUCAAGGCUGCGGUAUUUCCUUAUUGCAAAGCUUCAGUCAGAGCCACUACCUUUUCAAGCCCCUGGUCAGGUACUGAUGGAGUUCCCCAAAAUUGAAUCUGAACAUCCAGAAAAACAUGCAAUAAAUGCAGAAAAUCAAAUUGAAGGAAAGAAAAUUGAACCAAAUAUUUGGUCUGAUAGCAGCAGACCAUGUUCUGGAAAAGCAGCCAUUCUUUUUAAGCUUGAAACUGCAGAAGAAAUUGACCGGAAACAUCAACAGGACAGUGAUCUCUCUGUGCAAAUGCUAAAAGAUUUUCUUGAAGAUAAUGUUGACGUGAAUCAGUACUUUUUACCACCAAAGUCACUGUUGCGAUAUGCUCUUUUGUUAGACAUCGUUAAGCCCACUUGCCGAAGGUCCAUGUGCUUUACGAAAGGUUAUGGAAGCUACAUAGAAGGGACAGGAUCUGUGUUACAGACCGCAGAGGAUGUGCAGAUUGAGUAUAUCUACAAUUCCCUUACCAAUUUGUCACAAGAAGAAAAGUUAACAAAAUUGUUAAUGCUUAAACUUCGAUAUUUCACUCCUAGAGAAAUAGCAAAUCUCCUUGGAUUUCCUCCAGACUUCGGAUUUCCUGAGAAGAUAACAGUGAAACAGCGUUAUCGUCUACUUGGAAAUAGUCUCAACGUGCAUGUAGUAGCUAAACUAAUCAAAAUCCUAUAUGAAUAGUUUAAAAAUAACUCUGGGGGCCAGCCUGGUGGCGCAGCAGUUAAGUUUGCACAUUCCGCAUCUUGGCGGGCAGCCCAGGGUUCACUGGUUUGAAUCCUGGGUGCGGACAAGGCACCA